UGCGACGUAUACAUUUCGGAAUGCAAGCAGUGCCCAGUGAAAAGAUGGUGCUUUGAUGGUUGAGACAUUCGUUCCGUGGUUGUUCCUAGCCGACAAACCGUGGUUGCCAGCCAUAUUGUUUUACCGCAGUGUUUGUUUUGGUGCAGCUCAGUCAAAGUACGAAGAAAUCCGAGGAGAUCAGCACGAAGGAAGUCAGAAGAACUAGAGUGCAGUUAGAGAAUCUAUUCAGACAGUGCGCGUAUACGGUGGUUUUGCUGUAUUUUUCGGCAUAAUCAUCGUUACUCGCGGGCUAAACCCAUAAUUUGGGUGUCAGUCGUGAACAGGACGGUAAACGAGAGAAAUGGCCUGCGCCACUCUAAAGAGAUCUUUGGAGUUCGACCCGGUGCAUAGUCAUGGUCGCCCUAGUAAACGACGAAGAUGUGUACCAAUGUGUGUCUCUCCCGGUACAUCAACGCAAGCCAAUUCCAGGCCACAAAAUCCAUCGCCUUUUGGCGAAGUAACCCAUAAACUUACCCCUGAAAAAAUGGCUGCCAAUAUAAGAGAAGAGAUUCGGAGACUGCAUCGACGCAAACAGUUGCAUUUUAGUCCACAAAACAAUGGUGGUGAUUCUUCAGAUAUGGAGGGUCCUGCUAGUCCUUCAAGCCCAUCUGCAUGUGGUUCAAAUUCAUAUAGUUAUAGCCCUAGUGGAAAAGAAAAACCCUUAUUUACAUUCAGACAAGUUGGUUUGAUCUGUGAACGUAUGCUUAAGGAACAAGAAACACAGAUUCGAGAGGAAUAUGAUCAGAUUUUGAAUAUGAAGCUCUCUGAACAAUAUGAUGCUUUUGUUAAAUUUACCUAUGAUCAGAUACAAAAAAGAUUUGAAUCUGCAGCUGCGCCAAGUUAUCUAUCCUAAAACAAGAUUCUUAUUUAUAAGGUCAUGUUUCUGUGAAGAAUAUUAGAUUUCUACUGUGUGAGAUAAAUUUUUGCUUGAAAUUUAAUUCAUGGUAUGCAGCACCACCUCGUUCAAGGAAAUAUCAUUAAAAAAAUUCAUACUAUGAUUUACAUUGAAAAAAAAACGUGUCUGAUAAAAAAAAGAAAAAAAUUAGUAAUGUAAGUUUAGUAGGUUUGCAGUAAACAGCAUACUACAAAAAUCUACAGUGUAUACUAUUGAAACUAACAAUAUUUGUACUGUCUGAUGUUAGAAAUACGCUGGUAUCAGGGAACUGUACCGAGAUUAUAACUGUGUACAAAUAUUAAUACGUACAGAAGUUAUACACAGUGCAUGACUAUGCUUGAAGUUGAGAGCUUGACUUGCACAGGGUUCUGUAACGUCGCGUAAUUCAUUAAAAUUAGAUAAAUGUUCAUUUCUUGCACGUUAUAACAAAAAAUGUUAAAAAUAAUAUCAAAUAAUACAAAUAACUCUUUGUUGAUUUAAUGGUACAUUGUAUUAAAUGUUGCUCAAUUGUAUGCAAAUACUCUUGUAAAGCAAGCGUACAAACAUACAUUGAAGUUCUUGGCAGAAAGCACUGUGAAUAUGAAAAAGAUCAUUAAAUAGUAUGUUGGGGAAAGUUGUUCUCAUUGAAUUUUAUCUUAUUUGUACAAAAUAUAUGAUGAAUAACUUUUACGUAUGUAGGAAGCUUUAUUUUGACGAUCAGGGUAUGAAAUAUUUUUGUUUGUGUAUACUUUUCGCGUAUAUAAAUUUUCAAUGCAAGCAGCAUUUCCCCCAAAAUAGAAGUGUUCGAACUUGAAUAACGUAUAUAAUUAAUAAAAUUAAAUUGCCAGCAAAUACACAAAAUAAUUUUUUGUUUAAAAUUAAGAAAUGAAUCUUUGAUGUCUCAGUAUAUUUUAGGAUAAAUUUUUGAUUUGUUAUAAUUACUUACAUUUAAAUGAACUUUUAUGUAUGUGUUACAAGUUCUUUCUUAGCAAAAGUAUUUUUUCUGUUCGAAAUACAAAUACGAAAAUUUGUAAAGAAAUCAAGAUAACGUAUAGUCUAUAGCAUUGUAUGAAUAUAUUGUCAAAAAUAAGUAUUUGAAAUAAAGGUUUCAUAAAAUUUCGCAAAUAUUUCUGUUCCCUGGUAGCAACGACUUUCUGUAGCAUAAUAAAACAGUAAAUAAUGAAUAUACUAUAUCUAUAUUUUAACUGUGCCUAUUAUUAGACAUAUUUAUCACAAUAAUUCUACUACUUAUUACAUAUUGUUAUUGGUUUUAAAAUUAUUUAGUUUAUAAUUAUUUGUUUUUAUAAUCUAUCUUUUUUUUUGCGUUUAUUUUUUUUGUAUUUAAAAAGAGAUUUAGAUAUUUCAAAUGUUUCCUUACUUGCAAAUUUACAUUUUGAGGAAGGGCAUUAACAUUUGCCUUACUUAUUUCCAAAAGGAAGAUGUCUUUCAGUUACCAGAACAAUUUGGAAACAGUACUAAAUAGCGUUUGCACAAUGACAUAAAUAUGAUAUAUCAAUUGUUUAUUGAUUACUGAAUGUGAAAGGAGAAAGGAAUACAAGUGAUUCUAAUUAACAAUGAUAAGUAAUACCUACUUGAGAAACAUGGAUAUUGUUUAUCAUUGUGUAAAAAUAUGCAUAAAUGAUUCCUUAGACAUUCAAGGGAUUUGAUUUCAAUUAAAAUACCUCCAUAUUAUACUAUGUAAGCACUUAUUAUUGAAAUAAAUAUAAAUAUUAAGACUGA